AAACACAAAAAUGAAGCAUUUUUCCCUACCCCUCUAACUUACCCAAUCCAAACUAAGGCUUAAUGGCGGAAUCAAGGGAAUCAAGUUCAACCGGACGACUGAUGACCUUUGGUAGCACGAAAUCGUGAGCAUGAAAACCAUGGACGUGAAACUAAAAAUGGGUUUGCUUCAGGCCUCUUACGCUUCUGCAAAUUUUUGGAACUGGAAGCUGCAGAUUAUUACAAAGCCCGCAAGAAUUUGUGAAGUCAGGUCCAGAACUCUGAAUUUUGGAGGAAGGUGUAGCCUCGCUGGUUCUAUGCUUCACAAACAGAAUUCUGAAUUUUGUGCCAUGAGGGUAGUUCCAAACCAAACUAGAUGGUCUGAUAUUAUCAGGAAACAUCUUGCUCAAGGGUCAUCAAAAGAAGUUCUUACUGUAUACAAUCAAAUUCGUAGAAAAGGGUUUGAUAUUCUGGGUGUUGUUCAUUUGGUUUUCAAGGCUUGUGCCUCUAUCUCGAAAUUGAAUUAUGGGAAGUCUUUGCAUGCUGAAGUAAUGAAAACCGCGGCGUUUUUUGACGUAAAGGUUGGUACCUCAUUGCUUGAUAUGUAUGCUAAAUGUGGCCAUAUUACUGACGCAGGUAGAGUGUUUGACGAAAUGCCUGUGAGAAGUGUGGUAACGUUGAAUGCGAUGAUUGGUGGGUACUUAAGGAAUGGUAAUACGAAAUCUGCAUUGGAUCUGUUUGGAAAGAUGUCAACGAGAACUGCAGUCACAUGGAUUGAGAUGAUUGAUGGGUUUGCCAGGAGGGGAGAUACUGUUAAAGCUCGGAGCUUUUUCGACGUGGUUCCAUCUGAUUUGAGGAAUGUGGUAACUUGGACUGCUAUGAUUGAUGGGUAUACUAGACACGAGGAGAUGGAAGCUGCAAGAGAACUUUUCGAGGACAUGCCAGAAAGGAAUUUUUAUGUGUGGUCAUCCAUGAUAUCAGGGUAUUGCAAGAGAGGUAAUGUGAAGGAGGCCAGAGCUAUCUUUGAUCGGGUACCAGUUCGGAAUUUGGUGAACUGGAACGCCAUGAUAUCUGGGUAUGCGCAAAAUGGCUUGUGUGAGGAAGCUCUUGAAGCAUAUUGGAAAAUGCAAGCUGAAGGUUUUGAACCGGAUGAAGUUACUAUUGCAAGUGUGUUGUCUGCCUGUGCUCAGUUGGGGCAAUUGGAAGCUGGUAAAGAAAUCCAUAAUCUUGUUGUUGAGAAGGAAAUAGGGCUUAAUCGGUUCGUUUUGAAUGGAUUAGUGGACAUGUAUGCAAAGUGUGGGGAUCUAAGCAAUGCAAAAUUGAUAUUUGAAGGGAUGAGUCACAGGACUACAACCUGCUGGAAUUCUAUGAUCUCAGGUUUCGCCAUUCAUGGGCAAAGCGACGCGGCUCUUGAGUUUUUCAGAAGAAUGGAAGAUUCAAAUGAGAAGGCAGAUGAGAUUACAUUUCUUUCUGUUCUCUCAGCAUGUGUGCAUGGGGGCUAUGUAAAUGAAGGUUUAGAGGUCUUUUCCAAGAUGGAGAAUCAUGGAGUGAUGGCAGGCGUCAAGCAUUAUGGGUGCUUGGUGGACCUUUUAGGACGCGCAGGGAGAUUGAAAGAGGCGUUUGAUUUAAUCAAGACGAUGCCUGUUAAACCAAAUGAUGCAGUUUGGGGAUCUCUGCUUGGAGCUUGCCGAAUUCAUUUGGAGAUGGACAUGGUUGAACAGGUGAUGCAAGAAGUUGUCAAAGUGCAUGGAAAGAUAGAAUCUGGUGAUGACUCACAUUACGUGCUGCUCUCAAAUAUUUAUGCCGCUUCUGAUAGAUGGGAGAAGGCUGAAAAAAUGAGGAUGAGCAUGACAAACAAGGGGUUUCAGAAGACUGCAGGUUGCAGUGCAGUAAUGCUUGGUUAUACUGAGCAAUAGAUUAAUGCCACAUUUGAAGGGAAAAGAUAUCCUCUGAAAUCACAAGGACUUGCAAAUAGACAAUUCAGACACAA